AUGUUUCGCUGCCGCGGACUCGCCGUCGCGGGCCUCGCGCUCCUGUUGUCGGCCGUCGUGGCCCAGAGGACGGUGCAGGAGGCCGUCUGGAAUGUCCCAAGCGGCAAGGCAAAGGACUUGAGCCAGACGUUCCAGCUUGGACAGCUCGUCCCCCUGUCGUGGAACGCGUACAAUGGCACCGUCUGCGACCUAUGGCUCACAACUUGGGACCCUAACGAUCCGCGUUACGAGUAUCGUAUAAAUGAGAACGUCGACCUCCGCAGGAACGGCAACAUGAACUGGAGGGUCCCGACUCUCGGCCAUACCAUAGAAAUGGCCAAGCAGACGGCCAAAUUCGUGCUGCGGUUCAAGCCCCCCUCCCCGUCGGGCGUCUUCAAGUCCAACGAGCCCGAGCUGAGCAGCCCGGGCUUCCUCCUGAUCAUGGGCGACCUGUCGACGGCGACCUCGGCCUCCUCCUCGACGUCCACCUCGAGCUCGUCCACGCUGUCCACGGAAGCCGGCGCCGUUGCGACACCCGCAAAGACGCCGAGCUCGACGCCGACGCCGACGCCGACGCCGACCCCCGAGCCGCCGGCGGCCGGCAUCUCGGGCGCGGCAAUAGGCGGCAUCGCGGCGGGGGCGAUCGCCGGCCUGGCCGCCGCGUCGGUCCUGGUCUGGCUGUUCAUAUUCCGCGCCCGGAAAAAGCGCGCGGCCGCCGCCGCCGCUUCUGCCGAAAACGCAACAUAUGCGGGCGCGCCGUCGAAGGAGGGGGAGCUCGAGGGCGGCAGCAGCGCCUACGGGUCGCCGCCACAGCAGCACAAGCCGUACGAGGCGCCGGGCGAUUAUGCGCGGCACGAGGCGCCGGGGGAUUCGUACGCCGGCGGGGGCGGGUACGUGGGCGGGCACCAGUACCAGUCUUGGGAGCUGGAUGGGAGUGAGCGGCGAUAGUGCCGGGGGAAAACGGAGGGGGCGAGGUGAGGGAGUCGGGUGCCCAGGUAGGCAAACCUGAUUUGCUGGCUUUGCUCCAGUCCCUUCGUGAAUGCGCCAUCUUUUCUUUUACCGACGUUUAGACAGCCAGGAGUACGGAUGGAGCGCAUGAUAGACAUCAUUUGCAUAUUUGAAAUUUUAGGUUGGUGUAAUCACUAUGUUGGGUGAAAACAUGCA